GAAAGGGGCGGGGCCGGGUCGGAGGGGUGGGGCGGCCCUCUUUCCCCUCAGGUCACGCGAGGCAGGAAGUGGCGCCCGCAGCGAAGUAGUUGAGAUGGGGACCUCCCUGGACAUUAAGAUUAAAAGAGCGAACAAGGUUUAUCACGCCGGGGAGAUGCUCUCGGGGGUGGUGGUCGUGUCUGGCAAGGACCCAGUCCAGCACCAGGGCCUCUUUCUGACGGUGGAGGGGACCGUGAACCUGCAGCUCAGCGCCAAGAGCGUGGGCGUCUUCGAGGCCUUCUAUAAUUCCGUGAAGCCUAUCCAGAUCAUCAACAGCACCCUCGAAAUGGUGAAGCCAGGGAAAUUCCCCCCCGGCAAAACAGAGAUUCCUUUUGAGUUUCCUCUGCACGUGAAGGGGAACAAGGUUCUGUAUGAGACUUACCACGGCGUGUUUGUCAACAUUCAGUACACCCUGCGCUGUGACAUGAAGCGGUCUCUGCUGGCCAAGGACUUGACAAAGACCUGUGAAUUCAUCGUUCACUCUGCUCCUCAGAAGGGGAAACUGACCCCGAGCCCCGUGGAUUUCACCAUCACACCUGAAACCCUGCAGAACGUCAAAGAGAGGGCCUUGCUCCCUAAAUUUCUCAUCAGAGGACAUCUCAACUCCACCAACUGUGUUAUCACACAGCCACUGACAGGAGAGCUGGUGGUGGAGAGCUCGGAGGCCGCCAUCAGGAGCAUCGAGCUGCAGCUGGUGCGCGUGGAGACCUGCGGGUGUGCGGAAGGCUAUGCGCGAGAUGCCACGGAGAUUCAGAACAUUCAGAUCGCCGAUGGGGAUGUCUGUCGGAGCCUCUCUGUCCCCAUAUACAUGGUCUUCCCCCGGCUCUUCACCUGUCCCACGCUGGAGACCACCAACUUCAAAGUGGGGAGAGCACAGUGGGGUCGGGGCACCCAUGUCAGCAGAGAGGGCAGCAACUCAGCGUUCGCCAGACUCACAAAAGGACGGCCAAGUCUGCUGACAUCUACGACACGCUGAGAGUUCGAGGUGAACAUCGUGGUGCUGCUCCACGCCGACCACCUCAUCACCGAGAACUUCCCGCUGAAGCUCUGCAGGGUGUAGCCCGGGCGCGGCCUCUGCCUGCGGGCUCUGCGGGCAUGGACGGGACUCGCAGGUGGCAGAGCCCUCCUCCUCCUUUCCCCAGCGCGGGCGCCUCUCAUCGGACCUUUGCUUUGAGGUUCAUCGGGACUGCUUCCUGUCACUGGCAAGAUCAUCUCCCAGAAAGCAAAGUUUCCUGCCACUCCUGACUCCCCCGCCCCUCGUGAGGGUCAGUAACACGGUGUGACAGCAGUUGAGAUUCCAGGGAGAAAAGGAAACCCUCCCUGCCUGGCCAGGGGACUCCCGACAGCCCAGGAUGGCGACGAGCAUGCUGGUUGCUUGUGACGUUUGCAGCGACCCCCGAGGAGGCGUACAGAGUGGCACCCCCUGGAAACGGGGCACUUUACCCCUCUCUUGUGUAGUUCUGUACCAUUUUUCAUGCUGACUUCAGAACCUGGAGGGAACUGGACUAAGUGUUCCUUGCUCUGCUAGGAGCGAGGGGAUUUGGUGGCGAUGGCGGUGCUGGAGUAAUUCUGAAGGCUCAGGAGCUGGUGUAAAACCGUGUGCUGCCCUAUUCCCAGAAUACAUUUAAAUGUAAGGUGGCGUAAGGGGGAAACCCGCAUGUCCGUGUCUCUUGUUGGGUGGGUUCUGGGUGGCAGGAGGCCUGUGCCCAGGGCAGUAGGUGAAGACCCCCGUGUGCUGGCUGGUGCCAGGAGCAUGCCCUGGCCUUGAUGAACUGGCCUGCCUCCCACCCCCAGGCUUUGGCCUGGAGCCCGGUUCUCCUUGUCCUCCUUGUGAGUCACGGUGAGAGGCGAGCCUGUUGCAACACAUUCCUUCCUGCAGAUCCUGCCAUUGUUCCUGUCGGCCCACAGUCAGCCAGGCCUCGGAAAUGAGCUGUGUGCUGCCCGCUCCCUGCCCUUCCCUGACAGGCCCUCCCGGGCAGGCGUGGGCGAGACGCACCCUGCUCACGGCCCGGCUGCGCUGCCCUUGUCCUGGCACAGCCUUGGGCCGGGUGGUGCCGAGGGCCACAGACCUGACCAGGCGCCGCUGUAGCCCAGGGCUGCACCAGCGAAACUGAUACAGCUUGCCCACAGAGUCGUGUCAAAGCUGGUUCCCAGGGAACACGUUUCUGGUCGAUAAGUCUUUUAUGCUCACAUGAUGUUAAUAAUUAUCUUUGAUGAUGUAUUUAAACUAGAUAGCAGAAAACAAAAAAACAAAAAGGCCAUAACUUCUGGGAAGUUUCAAAGAAAUCAUUUGUAAUGUAAAAAAACAGAAUUUUGAGAAAGGUUCGGAUUGUAUAUUGCUAUAUAAUUUUUUUAGUAAACCGGUUUUAUGGAUGUAAACAUG